AUGCCGCUUAUUUUUGUUCAUCAUCACAAAAAUGAAGUUACAGCUUUUAACACGGAGUGUACAAUAGGUUCACUCAAUACUGCUUUAGUGGAUUUAGCUAAUAACGGUGACAGCAACGGUACAAGCAAAUCUAACUUAGGUUCGCACUUUUCCGCCAUGGCCUUGCGCUCAAAAGCUAAUGACCGAAGCAGUCAGAUUACGCCUGUUGAGGAUUCUGGUAAGGAAAAAACGGGUUCUCUCAGCGCUUCGCCCCAUAUAUAUAAAAAAGUUGAGCUUUUGCCUCUUUCUUUUGUAUUGGAGAUUGCUUCAAAUCCGAAGCUUAUUGCUUCCCUAAAUAAGAGGAAUACCAGCAAUUGUGGGGCUAUGGCGCAUUCGGGAACCCCCUCGCAGGCAUUCGCAUCGAUAAGUCCUACGGAUGGAAAUAUUCAACCCUUUUCCGUAAACAACUUCGCCACAUCUUUAUUGUCAUCCUACGCUGCGAACAUUCCUUUUGUUGGAUUACGUACAGCUCCUGAACAGAGUGCCUAUUUUUCUUUACCAGGGCUCUGUGGAUCGACCCCAAGCAGCACUACCACAACAGACAUUGCUUCUGGAUCAUACCCUGCGUUAGUUCUUAUCGGUUGCCGCAUGGAUUCCUUGAAAGAGUCGGGUAGCUUGAAUCAUCUAGGCGGUUCGAACAUGCUGCCAGCAUUGGAUGACAGGAAGACCACUCCGCAAUCCGACUUUGACGAGCGUAAGUUAGGGAUCAAAUCCGGUAUCCAUGACAACCACAGCGCUCCUCGAUCGGCGCAGCAGAUUAGCCAACCACUACCGCCCUUUGUUUCUGGACAUCUGCAUGAUUCAAUGACCAUUAGCGCCACUCUCGAAUCGGCACUUGGUGCUGCUAAGUACGAUAGUGUAAUGGAGAUGGGUAGUGGCAUUACAGACAAAGCAUUGGAUCACGUGUCGUUCACUGGCAUACUGAAUUUAAUAAGGAAUGCCCAUUUAACCCCACAUUGGGGGUCAAAGGGUGUGCGUGAUGAUCCUCCAGUGCUCAUUACCCAUCCUAUCCUACCCACAUCUAAUGAAGGGACCAACAAUGCCGUGGAAACGGAUGCGGCUGAAGGCUUGGAAAAACAAGGGAGCUGUGUUAAUGAGGAUAAUAUUUCAACGCAGUCAAAAGCAUUAUCAACUGAAGAAGGAGCGACACCAGGGAGCAAAAUUAGAAACUCCUUACCUAACCCAAGCAUUGGAAAAGAGGCAAACAAAAGGAAAAGUGAGUUGACUCCUUCUGCGGCAGGUGCAGCGGGUAUUGGGGCCGGUGUGAAUGGUACUCCACCAAUUCCUUUUUCACGGGCUGUUCAGGAUCUUCUGUUGUGUCCUCAAAGGCCCACUUCCUCCCCGGCGCCAGUCUCGCAAUCCAAUAACCGAAGACUUUCUACACCUUCACACACGAGCGGCGGCAACGGUGCGGAGAAGCCCCAAUCUAUGGCGCUUUGGUUAAAAGGUGUUGAAAGUUUGGAUGUGUUGUGGACUAGUUCCAAUGGUGAGCAUGAAAUACUUUCUUGGCUAUUGCAGGAUUUCGUGCGAAUCGAAAAGCAAAAAAUGGCCGCCGACGGGGCAGCGCGAGUGGCAGCCUUACCAAUACGAAGACCAACUGUGCUUGCGUCUGGUGGCUCCGCAGAUCCCCCCAAAUCGAAGAAGUAG